AUGUCAACUCCAGUUUCGAAUCGUAAAUAUGGAGCGCAAAAAAUACGACUUACGAUUCUGUGUGCCAGAAACCUAGUUCGGCGUGACUUAUUUCGACUGCCAGAUCCUUUUGCAAAAAUAUCUGUGGAUGGUAGUGGCCAAGUGUAUUCAACAAAUGCAGUAAAAGCUACAUUAGAUCCUAAAUGGAAUACACAUUAUGACUUAUAUUUAACUAAAGGUGAUGGAAUUACUAUAAGUAUUUGGAAUCAACGAAAAGUACAUAAACGACAAGGAUCUGGGUUCUUAGGUUGUGUGCGAAUUCAACCGUCCACUGUUCAUAAAUUAAAAGAUACAGGAUAUCAAUGUCUCGAAUUAUGUGAAGACAGCUCUGGAGAAACAUGUGGAGUAAAGGGCCAAGUAAUUGUGUCACUGUUGUCAAGAGAUAGUACAAGAGGUGAACCAGCCUCAGCUGCUGGAGAAGGUUCUCCAUUGGCUGUGGUUGGACCAGCAGGAGAGGUCAGGGCCCCACGGGAACCACCUGUAAACAAUGUUACAAAUUCUCCACUUCCCCCUCAUUGGGAGGAACGGCUUACUUCAAGUGGACGCCCAUAUUACGUGAACCAUGCGUUACGUCGUACGCAAUGGGAGCGGCCGAGCUCUGAAGCUACGAGUCCGCAGGUCUCCCCUCCGUCGUCUCCCACACCUAUGAGCCCAGUUUCCCCAGUAACACCUGUAUCACCUGCUUCGCCUAUAUCAGACACUGACGUCAGCCAUGGAAAUUCCAUAUCAUUAAGGCCCGAGCCUCAACCACAAACAGCGGUGCGGUCACGACCGCCUGCCCAGCAGUCUUCCCCUACAUCUUCCAAUUCUACAUCAGCACCAGUAGCAGCUACUGACCUUCCACCUGGCUAUGAAAUGCGUACCACGGCCCAAGGCCAGGUAUACUUCUACAACAGUAUCACUGGGGCAUCUACAUGGCAUGAUCCCCGAGUGCCCCAACAUUUACGACAUUGUGCGGCGGCCGCUGGGCCCUUGCCCCCAGGAUGGGAGAUGAGACACUCCCCUUCAGGUCGACCAUACUUCGUGGACCAUAAUAAGAGGACCACCCAGUUCACAGACCCACGUCUCGCUUUGUCUGCGCGAUUGACGCCUCCACUAGAAGCCCCCACGAACCCGGUCCCUACCCCGUCAAGUGCAAGUGAACCCGCGGAUGCUGACGCUUUACCAAAGUACAAGCGGGACCUCGCAGCUAAAGCUAGAGUACUAAGGGCGGAAUUGCAGGCAUUGCAACCGCAAACUGGUCAUUGUAGGAUCGAGGUUUCUCGAAACGAAGUGCUAGAAGAAUCUUACCGAUUAGUAAUGAAGUUACGCGGAAAAGAAUUACGAAAACGGCUAUUAGUCAAGUUUCGAGGUGAAGAGGGUUUGGAUUAUGGAGGUGUUGCACGGGAAUGGCUUCAUUUAUUGGGAAGGGAAUUGUUUAACCCGCACUAUGGACUGUUCCAAUAUGCAAAUGCGGGAGAUGACCGAUAUGCGUUGCAGAUUAAUGCGGAUUCUGGGGUAAAUCCGGAGCACCUUUCCUACUUCCAUUUCGCGGGUCGUAUACUCGGCGUUGCCCUUUUUCAUGGACAUCAAUUAGAUGCUGCCUUUACCGCGCCCUUCUAUAAGCAGCUGUUGGGAAGAGCUAUCACAUUAAGGGAUAUCCGGGAUGUUGAUCCAGAAUUACAUCGAUCGCUUUCUUGGAUGUUGGAAAAUAGCAUAUCAGGCGUUAUAGAUACAACAUUCUCCGUGGAAUGUUCGUCUUUCGGGGCCGUAAGAAGCGUCGAACUCCGUCCAGGGGGAACCAACGAACAGGUCACGGACACUAACAAACGCGACUACGUGCGCCUAUACGUUGCCCACCGCUUCACGCGUGGAGCGGAACGCCAAUGGCUGGCUUUGCAAAGAGGUUUAGCUGAUAUAAUCCCUCCACAGCUCCUGAGACCAUUAUCCCCUAGAGACCUACAGCCGCUUCUAGCCGGAAGGGCCGAUUUAGACCCGGCGGACUGGAAACGUCACACCCGCCUUAAACACGUGAACCCAGACGCGCCAAUCGUCAAUUGGUUCUGGGAAAUAGUUGAGGAGUUUGACGCUGAAAUGAGGGCACGGUUACUCCAAUUCGUCACAGGGUCAAGACGGGUACCGCUAGCUGGCUUCAGGGCCCUACAAGGGUCGACUGGGGCGGCAGCGCCACGCCUCUUCACCUUACACCUAGUGGCGGAUGCCGCCCCAGACUCGCUUCCAAAAGCACAUACAUGCUUUAACCGCCUGGAUCUACCGUCUUACCCCACUAAAGAAAAACUACACGAUAAGCUGACUCAGGCUGUUCUAGAAACAGCCGGAUUUGCAGUUGAAUAA